ACAAGUCCGGACUUUGACAAGGUCACGCCAAGCGCUUUUAUUCUGAACUUGACCUGCUCGUUCGUUGUGGAUCAUUACCUAUGUGCGCUCCAGCUUGAGGUCACAAAGAGAUGGGCAGAAAUUGUCUUUGAAGAGUUUUUCGUAAAUUGCAGAAUUUUUGCUUCUAUCAAUUAAAGUGUGUUGUCCAGGUCCUGAAGGAGAAAAGCAAUUCAUGACCGUCAUCUAAACACCCGAAGUAUGGAAGCCCAGAUUUCCCUCUCCUCAGCCACUUCAUCCACCUUGCCCAGGGUGAUCCAAAGGUGUUCCCAGGCCACCAAGAUUUAAAAUAGCUUUAAAAGGAGUGAUUGGCAUGCUGUUCUAUUUAUUCAGACAGCUUCACGCGCAUUCGCAGUCAACAUGGAUUUUUCAAAAAAUGCAACAGAGUGCCCUGAACCCCUUAAGGCAGAAGUGAAAGGGAACAUCCCCUCCUGGUUGCAAGGCACGUUACUACGCAAUGGCCCAGGAAUCUUCUCAGUGGGGGAUACCAGCUAUGACCACUGGUUUGAUGGCAUGUCCAUCAUGCACAGCUUCUCCUUCAAGGAUGGUGAAGUGAUCCACAGAAGCAGGUUCCUGAGGAGUGACACCUACAAAGCCAACAUGGAAUCCAACCGAAUUGUUGUAUCUGAAAUGGGAACGAUGGCUUAUCCGGACCCAAGCAAAAACUUCAUUGUCAAGGCAAUCACUUUCCUCAACCACACAGUGCCUGACUUCACUGACAACGGCGCCAGCAAUUUUAUCAAAUACGGUCAGGAUUAUUUUGCCACCUCAGAAACCAACUACAUUCGUAAAAUUGACCCAGUCACCCUGGAAACUCAGGAGAAGGUGGACUAUAUGAAGUUUGUGCCUGUGAACUUGGCUUCAUCCCAUCCACACUACGACAAGGAGGGUAAUGCCUACAACGUCGGUACUUGUGUCGCUGAAAAGGGGAAGACGAAAUACCUCCUGUUCAAAGUCCCCGCUGUUUCUCCGAAAGACAAAGACAAGAAAGACGCCGCUUUGAAGAACGUGGAGGUGAUCUGUUCAGUACCGUGCCGCUCACUCCUGACGCCCAGCUACUACCACAGCUUCGGCAUGACCGACAACUACUUCAUCUUCAUCGAGCAGCCCUUCAAAUUGGACAUCCUCAAAAUGGCCACCGCCUACAUGCGGGGAGUCAACUGGGCCAGCUGCCUGAAGUUCUGCCCGGAAGAUAAUACCCUGAUCCACCUGAUCGACAGAAAGACUGGCAAAGUAACGGAGACCAAGUACUACACGGAAGCAAUGGUCGUCUACCAUCACGUGAACGCUUUCGAAGUUGACGGUUACGUCGUCUUCGAUGUGAUCGCCUACAAGGACAGCGGCCUUUACGACAUGUUUUACCUGAGCAAGUUGAAAGAAAAGCCUGGCUCUCACGACAGUAGCUACUCCAAACCAAGCUACAAGAGAUUUGCACUUCCAGUUCAACCAAGCAAGGGGGCGCCCAUCGGUGAGAAUCUGGUGAAAGGGACGUGCACCACGGCCACAGCAGUGAAAGAGAAAGAAGGCAAAUUAGUAUGCCAGGCAGAAGUCCUCUACGAAGGGAUUGAACUGCCACGAAUAAAUUACGAUCUUAACAGCAAGCGACAUCGCUUUGUCUAUUGCAACUGCGUUGAGGAAUCGGCACUCUCAAAAGAGAUUGCCAAGUUUGACACAGAAACCAAGCAAGUACUGACCUGGAGUGAAAUCAACUGCUGGCCAUCCGAGGCAGUAUUUGUCCCCAGGCCGAAUGGCGAGGCAGAAGACGAUGGCGUGAUUUUAUCAUCGGUAAUCAACACCAGCCCCGACCAGUCUAACUUCCUCUUGGUUCUGGAUGGCAGAACAUUCAAGGAACUGGCUCGGGGUUACUUGAACACCGAGCUCCAUAAGGACAUGCACGGAUUUUUUAUCCCUCAUGGAAAUUAGUCACUUAUGGUAUGCAUGAAUAUGUAUUUCAGGAAAUUCAAAUCCUUAACUUUGCCAACAUGUAUAACUUGUAAACUACAUUCCACUAUAGUUGGGACUACUAAACAAAGUGAUGAGGAUGGUAAAAAUAUUGUAUAAAAGAUGUCUCAUAUUUGACUAAACAAAACCAUUUUUUUCUAGUAUUUGGGAUGUAAUACAGUUCUGUAUCUUCUCUACGGUGUCUCAGUAAACAUGAACCACAGGAAUACGUAGUUCCUAUAAACAGAAAUGUCUUGUUCUUUGUUCUUGUUGCUUUGUUGUUCUUUCUUUGUUCUGAAUGUCCGACUGCCGGAGAAAAAUUCUUUGUGUGUUUUACACACUU